AGCAGCGCAGCGAGCAUGCCAGCAGUUCUGUUCACUUUUGUGGUUGGUUUCUUCUGUUUUUCCGUGCUUGAGAAGUACUUCUAAAUGGAACUUUCUUUGUGGUAUUCCCUCCAUAAAAAGUAAAUACGUGUUUAUAGCACAGUUUACUGUUAAAAUCCACUGAAAGUUCAAGAUGAUGAAAUUCUCAUCAUUGAAACAUCCGACUCAAGCGCGUUACAUUUAAAAUCGUCAAUGAUGAAAAACCCUUCGACGGCACCUAAAACCACAUUAUCACUUCUUAACCACAUUAAGUAUGAACACCUCAUAGCAGGAAUCUCAGGAGGGGCCAUUUCGACACUCAUUUUACAUCCUUUAGACUUAAUGAAAAUACGAUUCGCGGUUAGUGACGGCAGAACGACAAUUCCUCAGUAUAGUAGUUUGACAAGUGCAUUUUACACUAUUAUUAAGCAGGAGGGAGUGAAGGGUCUAUACAGGGGUGUAGCUCCGAACGUGUGGGGUUCCGGGAGUGCUUGGGGUUGCUAUUUCUUGUUUUACAAUUCUAUCAAAAAUUGGAUUCAAGCUGGCGAUAGCCAGUACCCGUUAGGGCCAACGCUGCAUAUGUUGGCAGCGGCUGAGGCUGGGGUGCUGACUCUACUUGUUACAAAUCCAAUUUGGGUGGUGAAAACUAGGCUGUGCUUGCAGUAUGGACCAGAAGCUCUGUCUUCUAGAGAAUGUUAUAACGGGAUGACAGACGCGUUAGUUAAAAUUUAUAAAACAGAAGGUGUACGGGGUCUAUAUAGGGGUUUCAUUCCGGGGAUGUUUGGUGUUACUCAUGGGGCUCUACAGUUUAUGACUUAUGAAGAAAUGAAGACGUUUUAUAAUCGCUACAGGGGAAUUCCCUUCGACAAUAAACUUACAACAGGAGAAUAUUUGACAUUUGCUGCCGUUUCUAAACUAAUUGCGGCUGCUGCUACUUAUCCAUACCAAGUGAUCCGUGCUCGCCUACAAGACCAACACCAUCGGUACGAAGGAACAUGGGAUUGUAUUAUGAAGACUUGGAAAUACGAGCGGAUGAGGGGCUUUUACAAAGGCCUAGCGCCGUACUUACUUCAUGUUACUCCAAAUAUAUGUCUAGUCAUGCUUAUCUAUGAAAAAUUUACUAACAACUAAGACUUAAAUUUCAAAUAAUGACAAACUACUAAUCAUAUUUAAAAGAAAUCUAGCUAACUGUUCUGAAAUGUAGUUGUGUAACAUUAAAGAAGUUGAUGUUUCAAAUUCUGCAUUUUUUAGUUCUUUCUUGAAACGCAUCGUUUUUAAUAAAAAAGUAAGUAAGUAUUAAUAGGUUUAAUAAACUAUGAUUUGUUUUGUUUAGUCAAUUUGUUACAUAUCAGAAAUUUUAAUAGUGAUGCAUAAGUGAGUGAGACUUAAGUUGUACGAAAAUAAUAAAUAUAAAGAAGCAGGGUUAAUCAAAUUAUUUUUCUAUUUUAAUGCUAAGAGAUCGAGGUAUUGUCAUGGAAAGAAUAAAUGUGAUAUAUAA